AUGCGCGUUAUAGUCUUUAUCGCUUUUAUAACUGCAGUUCAAUCUGCUAGAAUCCUUGGGCUCUUCGCGCAUACGGGUAAAAGUCACCACAUGGUUUUCGAGCCGCUCCUUAAGAAAUUGGCUACGAAGCACGAGGUCACAGUCGCUUCGUUCUUCCCUCAGAAAAUCCCCAUUGCAAACUACACGGAAAUCAGUUUGAAGGGCCUUGCCAGCCCAGGGCUGAAUUCCUUCGAUCUCAGCACCAUAAAGAAGCCAAGUAUCGUGACAAAGAUACCGAUUGUCGGAGACGUCGUUAAGUUACUAACUCUUCCUACGUCGCUGCCGAACGUAGUAGAUAUUUGCGACAAAAUCUGUAAGUUACCAGCAUUAGUUGAUGCUCUUCAGAAGACUUACGAUGUGGUGAUCGUGGAAACGUUCGUGAGUGACUGUAUGCUUGGUCUGAUGCAUGUUCAUGGGAUCAACGCUCCAGUUGUAGGAUUAUCGUCAACCUCACCGUUUCCUUGGGCAAACAAUCGUGUUGGAUUGAUGAAUAAUCCAUCUUUUAUGCCGUUCAUCCUAACUGGCAUGUCGACACAGAUGACGUUUAGAGAAAGAAUGGCGAACACGCUCUAUUACGGGAUAGCAAACCUGAUAUACUACAUCCAGGAUAAGCAGAGGCUAGUGAUAGAGAAGCAUUAUAACAUGCCGGUUCCGUUAUAUGAUUUGUCAUUCAACUUGACUAUGAUCCUGUUGAACACGUUUCACACCUUGAACGGCGUUAAGUAUCAGGUGCCUGGGCUGGUUGAGGUUGGUGGCAUGCAUUUGGAUCAUAGGCAUCAGCGACUACCAGGGGUGAGUAUACAGAAACUCCUGUGUUACUGA